AUGGCCACGGUCUUCAAUCUUGACAGAUCAGGCCAGGGCCUCCAUUUUCUCAGGUACGGCCCUGCCUGCAGGAGGUCGCAGCUGCUCGUGCUCGCCCUCAUCUCCUGCCUGAGCAUCGCCUCCGCCACCUCCUCGUUCCGGCCGCAGCCACGCCCCGACAACAGCGACCUCGCGCAGACGACCAGCACCACCGGCGGCGGCGUGGGCGCGCGGACGUGCUGGUACACGGUGCAGAUCAAGACGAGCUGCGCGUCCCCGGCGCACACGUCGGACACGAUCAGCCUGGCGUUCGGCGACGUGUACAAGGACGAGGUGUACGCGGCGCAGCUGGGCGGCUUCGCCGGCGCGUUCGACCGGUGCGCCACCGACACGUUCAAGAUCGGGGGACCCUGCGGGUACGGCGUCUGCUACCUCUACGUCCGCCGCGCCGGCCGCUCCGGGUGGACGCCGGAGUGGAUCAGGGUGUACGAGCCCGCCUCCCCCGGCACGCCCUCCACCUUCCGCUACGGCGACCCGCUGCCCAACAACGUCUGGUACGGCCUCGACCGCUGCAGGCGCCUCGUCUCCCCCUCGUCGUCCUCCUCUCCUUCCUCUUCUGUCGCUGCGGUCCAAGCGAUGUAGCCAUGGCCGAAGCAGAUCGUGGAGCUAGCACUUGUAUGUAACAUGAUUUUGUCGACCCAGUACCGCGAGUUUGCCAGAUACACUACUGUACUAUUUUGGCCAGAAUUUCAGCAUGCGAUCUGUAUAAUCCUGAUCGAGAUGUAUAUGACACGAAUAAAACCGCUCCAAUCUCUCUGUUUUUGUUU